AGGGGGAGGUGGCAUUUAGAACAACGCCUCCGAAUGGAAAACAGGCCAGUUAGCUCCCAUCCCGCAAAGCCACAAGGGUCGAAUACUCGCAAAGCAGACAGUCUAAGUGUCGGAAUAGUUUUGGGAAUUCCGGAAGAUGAGAGCACUGUCCUGGGCGCUUUCCCUUCCCUGCUUCUUUUAUCACCCAUCGCCGAUCCGCUUCACCUCCUCGUUCACUGUCCCCGCUCUCAUUGUCUCGGUGCUUCCAUUUGCCUCUGACAGCGCUCACUCUUUUGAUGUUUCUUGACAAUGGCUUCCGAAAGCUCAGAGGACAAAAUCGGUCCAAAGCUGGCUAACAGGGAGAAGUCAGACGUAGAAUCUGGCGAUGGAGGGUCGUCAAGCCAACUUUCGGUGUCACCGCGCAAGGUACUGCGCAAGAUUGACAUGCAUCUGAUGGCUCCUCUCUGGGUUGUAUUCGUCUUUGGCUUUCUAGAUCGAAUCAAUUUGGGAAACGUUGCCGUCUUGGGGAUUAUGAAGGAGCUUGGACAAGUGGGAAACGAUUUCAACAUUGCGGUUCAAGUCUUCUUUGUUCCUUAUAUCCUGCUGGAUAUCCCGAGCAACAUCGUCCUCAAGAAAUUUACACCGUCAACGUGGAUCAGUCUCUUGACUUUCUUGUGGGGAGUUGCAUCGAUGUGCCAGGGGUUCGUCAAAAACAAUGGUGCCCUGAUUGCCUGUCGCUUCUUUAUCGGUGUCUUCGAAGCCGGUUUUGUCCCAGGUUGUGCCUAUCUAAUGGCCAUGUACUAUAAGCGUCAUGAAUUCCAGAAACGGUUCUCGCUCUUCUGGGUCGCCGGCCUGGUGGCUGGAGCCUUUGGCGGUCUCCUCGCAUACGGACUAGACCACAUGAGGGGUCUGGGAGGGUAUAGUGGGUGGCGUUGGAUAUUCAUCAUGGAAGGCCUUAUGUCGAUCGUGCUCGCCGUUCCAGCAAAGUUCCUUAUCGCUGACUGGCCGGAGCAAGCCAAAUUCUUAACCGAGGAGGAAAAGCAGUACGUGCUCGCGCGCAAUUCUGAGGACGUCGGUGGCGGAGCACGCAUGGAUCGGCUGGAUGCUGAAGCAUGGAAACGCAUCAUGAGCGAUUGGAAGAUCUAUGUUGGAAGUAUGAUCUAUAUCGGAAUCACGGUCUCGGGCUACGCCACUGCGCUCUUCAUCCCUUCAAUUGUGAAUUCUCUCGGGUACUCUGGUAUCGACAGCCAGGUUCACAGCAUCCCGAUCUGGGUCGUCGCAGCCGUCGUAACCCUAAUAGUGUCAUACCUCACCGACCGCCUAAGACACCGAUUUGGAUUCGUUGUGUUUGGUGUCAUCGUCGCUAGCAUCGGAUAUAUUAUCCUUCUAUGCCAAGGACCUCCAGGAGGUGGUCUGUCACCUUCCGUCCGUUACAUGGCGGUUUUCUUCGUUUGCACCGGAACAUACAUUGUUCAGCCCGUCGCCAUCGUCUGGAUGGCAAAUAACCUGGGAGGACACUAUAAACGGGCCAUCGGCUUGGCAAUUCAGGUUGGAUUUGGAAAUAUUGGAGGAAUUAUUGCGAGUAAUAUCUUCGUCAUGGAGGACCGGCCCAGAUACUUUGUGGGAUACGGUGUUUCUCUUGCUAUGAUGAUUUUCUGCGGAGUCAUGAGCAUCGUGUUUGCGAUUGGACUGGUGAGGGAAAACAAACUGAGAGAGCAAGGGAAACGUGAUGAUAGACUGCAGCUGGAGGAGCGGAUUUUGGGGAAUAUGGGUGACGAUGAUCCCCGGUUCCGCUUCACUCUCUGAACAAUGUGUAUUAGUUCCCAACUGAAAAAGUUUUUGAGUCCAAUCCCAUCAAGCGCAUCUCCGGCCAAGAUGUAAACCAACUCCAAAGUUCACUGUAUCGUUCGUCAACCGGAAGCCACUGAUAUCAUCACGAAGGAGGAUGUGCAAGGUUAGGUUAAAGUUCAACGGCCUUCAGCCUUGCAGAGUCAAAAUGGAUUCAAGUCGGUGACUUUGGCCGUUGCCGAGCACAGCUGCAACUCAACCCGAUGCUCUAA